AUGAAUUCAGAAAAAUCAGCGUCUAAUUUGGAAUCAUUAUCAUGUUGUAAGACUAUUGACGGAAUCAAUGGAUAUCGGUAUUUGGGUGUACUUGAAGAUGGUGGAAGCAAUGUUCUUAAGAAUAGAGUUAUGGACUCUAUCUUUGAGAAUGUUAAGAAGAGGAUAACUAUGCUAUCGAAAACAAAACUCAACUCUGUGAAUCUGUUUCGUGCUAUAAAUGAAUAUGCAUUGUCACUAUAUAAUUAUUAUAUUGGGCUAAUCAAUAUUGAACCUUCUGAAUUUGAUGAUAUUGACAGACAAAUACGGCAAUUGCUUACGUCGCUCAGAUUACAUCUCAAACCUGCAAAUAAAGAGAGACUGUAUUUAAACCGGAAGGCUCUUGGAAGAGGGCUUUCAUCAGUUACUUUCAAAAGUGAACUAAUGCUCUUUCAGUUCCUUACGAGUCUGGAAAAUAUGUCAACUAUAUGCUUACGGAGGGCGGGGAUUCUGCGUGUAAUUAAAAUGAAUAAAUGGCAUUUGGCUAUGAUCGCAGGAUUUCUAUCCUCCAAAUAUGCAAUUAUUGAUAAGAAGAGUAUUACUAUGGAGUCUCUAAAGUCCAGUCAGAUACAAUAUUUACAAAAGAAAAUUAGUUCUAAAGCACUACAUUCUGUGCUUUUCAAAUGUGUGGAUGAACCUAAUGUUGAUUUACCUGCAUCCUCAGAAUGGCUAUCUAAUGGAAAUAAUGGGCCACGAAGCGAAGCAUUGUAUUGUCUUUUGCAAGAUCGAAACUUGUUCUUUGCAUCCGCUGACUCAUUAUGCAAUCAUUGUAAGAAAAGCAAGAAAACUGUUGACCACAUGGCUACUCAGUGUGGUAAAAUGCUCAACAGUGAUUAUCUCCGGAGACACAACGAAGUUGUGAAGUGUAUUCACCUUAACUUGUGCCGAAUGUAUGGACUCAAAAAAGCAAGACGAUUGAAGGGACAUUCUGUUCAGUCAACACUGUCGACGGGAAAAGUUGAAAUCAGGGUUGAUUCUACAAUCCUCACCGAAACAAAAGUAGAAUAUAACAAGCCAGAUAUCUUUGUCCACGACAAAGUCAGAAACGAAAUAAAUCUAAUUGAAGUGGGUAUUACUUCACAGGAUCGCCUCAAGCAAGUGGAGGUUGAAAAGUGUCACAAGUAUGACCUAUUGGCAAGAACGAGGACAUACAUCCAAUCCGUUGUACUGAAAAGAACGCUCGAGAGUAUGAUGAUCGAACACAAGCACGGAAUGAAGGUAUCUGGUGAAGAAUACGCUUCUGCUUCCAACCGGUAUGUGGAGAUGGCAUGCAAAAAUGAAGACGACCCAAUGAAUGCUAAAGAAGAUGCAAUGGUUGAAUCAGAUGUGGUAGUGGGGAGUAAGAGGCAGCUGGAAGUAGACUCUUCUUCCAAGAGAAGGAGUGGAUAUCAGCGAGCUGGAGUGAGAUCUGCUUAG